AUGCUCUCCCUCGUAUUCCAGCUGUUAAUUUACCUCCUUAAUCCAAAUCUGUCCAUAUGUGAAGGGGACACAAGGAAUGCCAUCAUUUCUGCCCUGGAGAAGGCAACCGACUACCUGGAAACCCAUUACGAUGAAAUCAAUUUGGAUGGAGUGCUUGGAUAUUGUAUGAUGCAAGGUCAGUUGUUUGCAGCCUUGGAGAAAUGGAAUUCUGAUCUCAGAUUAGAAUCAGAGCGGGAGCGAGUGGCUCGUCUGCAGAAAAAGUCUUCAGCUGCGAUCGAGAAAGCGAAACGUGCUCUUGGGGAGAGCAACCCUUAUUACUACAAAGUGUUUUCCUCCGCUUUGAGUCCAGAGUUUUGGAAACCUUCUCACCAGUGGCUCCAAACAGACCCUUCUGCGGCGGUCCCUUUGACGAAUAGUAGCUCAGCCUGCUUGGGCCUGGACGCAAGCAACGUUUGCAUUUCAUCUUUGCUAGGAACAGGGAAAGAUGGCGGUGACUCAUGCACAGUCCCAGAUAUCUGCAGAAGCUUUGCGACAGGCACUCACUGCACAAAUUACGAGCUAUCCCAUCAAGUGUUCUACUUCAUGUUUGCAGAGAUGAAAGGCUGCUUGGAUCCUCUGUUCCUCAAUGCCCAAUACUACAAGAAUCUGUUUUGUACUGCCAUGAUGCAAAUAAAUAUCAAUGCUGAAAAACAGGAAUUCUCACAUUUCCGUGGAGACCUCUUUACUGAAAAUAUUCUGUUUUGCGGUUUCUCUGGAUUCUCUGACUUCUACCAGCCACGAUGGUUAGACAUUAUCCUCAACUGGCAGAAGCCGGAAAAGGGAUGUUUCUGGAUGUAUGCUGACCAAUCUGAAUCCUUCCCCCAGAAAUCCAAAAGUAAUGUGCAGGAGUCACGAAGAGUUAAAAGAUGGGAGAAAAUUCUUAAAGAUGGCUGUUCUGCUCAUAACACUGGUGUGGCCGUUGGGACUCUUGCAGGGUUCCUCUACUAUGGCUUCUGA